UCACACAACACCAUAACUUCAGAAGAUUCCACAACACUUUCAACGGUCUACUCGUCUACUGGAAACAAUACCUCCACAGGUAUAACAGGCAUCCGUGAUACCACCACACCUAUCCAUGGAGGACGGUCCACCGAAGAUACUUUAUCAUCAGUUAUGGCCCUGGGGAUCGGGAUUGGUAUUGGAGCAUUUUUACUGAUGUUGUUGGUUAUUAUAAUUGCCCUGCUGUGUCUGCGACGGCGCAAACGAAAAAGAGACACGAAUCCUGCUGAAAAUUUAAACCUUCCUGUAACCCGAGUAGAGAAUGACUACUCUCCUUAUCAACUUGCAACAGAUUCAAAUGUGGAUAUUGCAGUGCAUCAAAGUGGCCGGCUAGGUGAAGAACCUUCCGAACAACAAAACAACGUGAUUCCUUGCUUUAAAGAGACCAUGGAACCAGCAGACACUAACGUCUACCUUGUUUCGAAUGAUAUGUACGCUUCUACGGGGGAGAGGGUGCGUAAUGGUCAGCAUAACAACUCAGAUCAGAAAGAAACUGCCGGUUUGGAGGAAUGUGUCAUGGUUGAUAACGACAUUUAUAGUACAGAGUGAUUCCGGUGACAGAAAAAUUGACAUAGUUUACGUUUAUACAUCGUUCUUUUUGUACGUAUUUCAUGUUUUUGAAUGUUUUAAUCCUCACCUGUAAACUAUUGGCAAAAAUAAAUGUCACGCGCAGAUUGCCUAGUAGCCAAAAUGAACGAAUUUUGGUCCACAGAUGCGUGCAAUAUGGGUAAUAAGGAACAAUACAAUGUUUCUUCUAACGCUUUUCAGUGCAACCUGACCCCUAAAAAUGACUAAAUGGAGAACAAAGGGGGUGUAACAGAAAAAUAAAAAAAAGUAAAAAUUCCCAACAUAUCCCCAAAAAUCUGACAUGCUAGUUAAAAAAACCAAGUCUUUGUUCUUGUACAUGACAUAUAUUUCGUCUAGCCGCCCUUUGUCUAUAUUUUUAGCAAAAUCU